AUCAAAUCACGAGUCACUUCUCAUUUCGCCUAUAAAAACAAGUUCACCCGAGUUAUUAUUGAGAGGGAGAGAGUGAUGGCAGUGACCAAGGGACGAAAGGGAUUAACUCUGCACAGAAAGCUUCGCGUGCUGAAACAUCUUACCAGCUCCAAAUCUGUGAAGGCAAACACUAUCAUUAAGGAUGCGUUUUGUUACAUGUGUAAGCUGAAACUUCAGUUGGCUAUACAUAAAGAACAUCUUUAUGUCAUGCAGCAUCUUCAGGAGGUGAAAGUGAUAAAGACUGAAACGGGACAGAUAGAAAUAAAGGUGGCAUGCAAGAUGGGAGAAGAUAUUCUAGUCCCAGUACUGGAAGUCCUUGAGAAAAUGAACUUGAAUGUUAUCAAUGCAAAAGUUAGUUGCGAAUGCGUCUUCUCCAUGGAAGCGAUUGUUGAACAACUUGACAAAGCUCCUCUAGAUUUGGGACGAGUGGAGAAAGCCAUUCUCGUAGCUAUUCAAACCCAAGCCUAAGAUAAAUCAUAGAGCCUCCAGUUAUAUUAUAUAGAUGGCUCUGUGUCUUCAGACUUGAUCAGUUGUAUGUAAUUACUUUCAUUUUGAAGUUAAAUGCACACGAAAGUGACGACAAACUGCACGAAAGUAAA